AUGGCCACGCAAAUGGUUGAUGGAAACAACCCACGGACCGCCGUUAUGGCCCAGGGAUCCAUGCUCAAGUGCAGAGAGGGUCCACGAUGA